AUGCACAAUAUAAAUUCCAGAGUUACGCCUAAUAUCAAACGUCUCUCAUCUGUGGUGUCCUCGGCGGUUAACAGAAUUUUAAACGGCUGGGAAGAACCAGUCACAGUACCCACAGAGCCUGCUCGAAUCUACAACUAUGGUCCGCAACAAUCAUCAUCAACACAAAGCAAAAACAACGGAUUACGACACCUUGUACUGGCAGCCAAAGCCAUGGGCCAAAAUAAUACACAGAAUAACCAGGGUUCUGAAAAACCUUCAUCAUCUUCCCCACCCUCGCCAACAGUAUCACAACAGCCACCAAUCCCUCCACGACAAAUUGUAAUCACUAGUACACCUUAUAUCGGUCUACGUGCACGGUUAUCACAAGUGUGGAUCAACCCAUACACUCUAUUUUUAGUUCUUAUAAUCAUCAAAAUUUUUUCUUUCAACAGUAACCUGCAACAAGCGCUGAGCGCUGCGUCAAGGGCAACUACAAACAACUGUGGGGCAGCUGAGAAACUCGCAUCCAAAGCGCUUUCUGCGCCGCACGACAUUGCUGCUGGAGCCGGGAUUGCGCUUGCAAAGAUGGUUGAGUAUGGAAUUCAAGGGUUGAUUUUAAUUCUUGUCAUUCUCAUGUCGGUUUUCGAGGAGCUUGUGUUUUUCAUUAUUAACACGCUUGUGGGGACCUUUAUGUGUUUGAUUACAACUGCAGUGGAAACGGUUGCAAAUGUUGGGUUGGAUGCGGCUGAGGAAGUGAUUGGGUUUGCAAACAGUACCAUAACCACAGUACUUGAAGGUGUCGACAGCGGUCUUGACAGUAUCGAAAGUGCAAUUAACAGUGUGAGCAGUGUGCUCAACUCGGUGUCAAGCAUAUUUUCAGACGACUCUGAUCCCAUCAAGAAUGUGACAUUGAGCCUGGGGGCGCUGCGUAACAUUUCAAUCCCGGACUCUGUCACCAGCAAAAUUGAGGAGAUCCGGUCAUUGGUUCCAAACUACGACAUGGUGAAAAAUGCAACCAAAGAAGUAAUUGCAGUUCCUUUCGACCUCAUCAAGCAAGAGCUCAACGACACCAUCAUGAACCAAAAGAUUGCAUACAACUCUUCAGCAGCGACAUUACCACCAAAGGACCCUGUGGUUGAAUUCUGUUCAGUCAACAGUGACACGGGACUGACGGGGACACAAGAGUUUUACAAUGCACUUGCAGAUGGGACUGGGUUUUUAGCGCGAGUGUUUAUGAUUGUCGUUGCAGUGGUUGCCCUUCUUGUAUGUGUGCCAGUAGUAUAUCGUGAGAUCAGACACUGGGUAUGGUUACGAACAUGUGCAGAGUCAAGUGUUGAGCAGGAAGUUUUAAGUGAUUUAUACACUUACGAUGAAACACGUGAGACACAUGUUUCAAGAUUCAUUGGAGUGAUUCAGCGGGCUCAGAGUCAUUGGAUGGCUCGGGGUCAAGAUUUUGCAGCCAGACAGUUUCAAGGCGAUGCACAUAAGCAAGUUCUUGCGAGGUGGUGGGUCGAGUAUGUUAUGUAUCCUCCUGUUGUUGGAGCUUUGUUACUUGGUCUUGCAGGUGUUGCAAUUGUUGCGAUUCAGUUUAUUAUUUUCUCCCAAGUGACCAAGGCCUACGAGACUGUUUCGGCACCAGGCUAUUUUUCAUCUGGAAGCAGUAACGACGGUUCUUUAGCAAUUGCCGGGUUUGAUGGUCAAGCCCUUAUGACACAGAUGGAAGAUGGCAUUGAUGGGUGGGUUGACGGCACUAAUCUUGAGAUGCAUCGGGUUCAAGAGGACAUCAACGACAAGCUGCUUGGAUGGGUGAAUACUGCUGCUGGAGCAGUAAACACAACUCUUUCUGUAUUUUCAAACAAGAUGAACCAGGAGUUGAAUGAGACGUUUGGCGGGACCAUUUUCUACAGUGGAAUUGUUGGGGUAGUGUAUUGUACGAUUGGGUCCAAAAUUGAGGCAAUUCAAGAAGGUGCUGCUUGGAUAUACAGUCAUAGCAGCAUCAGCUUGCCGAAUGUGACAGCUGCGUAUAUCACAAAUGCGACCGAAACGAGCGAAAGCAGCCUUAAUAGCAGCAAUGGUUCAUUGGAAGAAUCCAAGUUAGAUGAACUGUUGGAUUCUACAAAAGACUUGCUGACUUCUGGUAUCAAGUUUAUUGUUGAAUUUUAUAAAUCAUCACUGUACCAGGAGUUAACCAUUUCACUGGUGCUUGUUGGAGCUUGGAUUGUUGUUGCAUUGGCUGGGGGUUGUUACUGUGUUUGGGAAUUUCACAUGGCUCGUCGCAGGGCUUUGAGGGGUAGUAGUGGUAGUGGUAGUAGUGGUAUUGGUGGUGGUGUUGGUGGUGGCGAGAAGGGUUUUGGAGAUUCCGGAGGCCCGGUGCCGAGAUUGCCGCAGUGGCAAACGCCGUCGGACGGCCGGGCGUGGUGGCGGACCGGAGCCCAAUCCGAAUCGCCGAGAGACCGUUGUUUGUCUGGUGAAAGGAAGGUUGGGGGAAACUGCCCCAAACAGGAAGGUGGGGGUACUGAGGACAGACAGCCGUACAAAGGUGAAAAGGCUUUCAUGGAGAUAGGAGAAGCAGUGGCUGGAGAUGCAACAAGAACAAGAACAAAAACAAAAACAAUAGCAGCAUCAGAAUCACAAACUCGAAACAGUCCAACAAGUCCAUUGAGUCCAGUGACUCCAACUACACGCAGUCGACGAGCCAAGUAUGCUGCAUUGAUUCGUGGUGCAACUUUAGGGGGAUCUUCCAGAUUGCCUGUGGUUGUGCCUCCGCCCAUGUUUCCACCACCAAGGCCGUUGCGCCACGCCAAGGUGAAUCAGUUCACGGUUCCAUUCAAUGUUGGAGCACAGCAUCCAAUAGUUUCAUCUCCAAUUGAGCUUCCUCGGGUCCCGGCCAGAUUGGUGUCGUUUGGUCGAGAUAGAGAUAGUGUUGAGUUUCCUCCUGAGUUUCGGAGCUUCCCAUAUCCUGGCAAUACGUAUCGGUUGGCGCAGUUGCAACAACAACAACAACUACAACGGCAGAGGACUAUGGAAGAAAAGAAUAAAAAAGAAGAGGAAAAAGAAGAAAGAAAGAGGAAAGAUAAGAUGGAACAGGAUACCAUGGUGAAGGAUUGGCAUGGAGUAAGUUGUAGCGAAAACCCGGAAGCUUGUGCGGCAAAGGGAUCGUCAGCAUGUAGUUGCGGUCGGCAUGCUCCUGCACUUCUUGCAACACCGACAUCAAAUGGGACAACAAGUGUAUCUACCAAGUCUACAUUUACAAAUGGCAACCAGAGGAUGAGUGAGGAUGGGGUUGUAAAAAACGAUGAGGACCAUAGUGGACACAGCGAUAGUGAAGCAUCCUUUCAAUAUGGAGAUGAGACUAAGGGUCUUCAAACAACCACGGUACUACAGUUGGGAUCAUUUCAUCAUCCGCUUCCUCAGACUUUGGCCAACAAUAGCAGCAGCAGCAGUCUCAGCACUUUUGGUGGGGUUUCUGCAGCUCAUGAGAGGUUGCUUUCGUUAGGAAGUCGCAAGUAUGGAAUGUACCGCCCCCCAGUUGAUUCGCCCAUUCUGCCGUCUCCUGCAGGUCGUGGGACGCAGAUGGGUAGUAAACCAAAGAAAAUGGAAGAGAAUGAGAAGGAAGGGGACUUUAGACAACUGAGUCCGCCUAAUAGUCCGGAGCCUAGAGAUGUGCAAGCCAAAGCUGUUACGGGGUCUCGAAGAGCGCGAGUUGAAAUGGGAGGUGGUCGCAAGAGUGCGCAUGUGUCAGUGUACUACAGUUGA